AUAAUUAUAGUGUGCAAAUAAGCCUUCCUAAUAGAGGGCCACAGCUAGCUAGCUAAUCUUCACAAUGGGCAUACAAUAGAUAGUACAUGGGCGUGGACGGACCACACCUAUAUGAUACCAUGGCCAUGCAAGCCGUAUUUUAAUCGGCCUGGAUUCGAGACUAAUUCCUGAAAUGCGCAUCACUAUAGGAGCUGUGACCAGGGAUGGACUAACUCCACUGGGACUGGCAGUCAGUAGGGGACACCUGGACACCACAAAGUUCCUCAUCAUGAAAUGCAAUGCGGCUGUUAAUGAUUCUGCACUAGUAGUUACUAUCCUAGAGCUGACACUGAAAGAUGAAGGUGAUGUAACCACCAAAGUUGACGAGAACAAUCGACUUCUCUUGGCUUGCAAGUUUGGGUACGCAACAAUUGUUCGAUAUCUGAUCAAUGAGUGCAAUGUGGAUAUUAAUGGCGCUGUGACCAGUGAUGGACUAACUCCACUGGGAGUGGCAGUCAGAGAGGGGCACCUGGACACUAUCAAGUACCUCAUCAUGGAGCACAACGUGGCUGUCAAUGGCGCUGUGACCAGUGAUGGACUAACUCCACUGGGAGUGGCAGUCAGAGAGGGGCACCUGGAUACUAUCAAGUACCUCAUCAUGGAGCACAACGUGGCUGUCAAUGAUUCUGCACUAGUAGUUCGUAUCCUAGAGCUGACACUGAAAGAUGAAGGUGAUGUAACCACCAAAGUUAACGAGAACAAUCGACUUCUCUUUGCUUGCAAGUUUGGGUACACUGCAAUUGUUCGUUAUCUGAUCAAUCAGUGCAAUGUGGAUGUCAAUGGAGCUGUGACCAGUGAUGGACUAACUCCACUGGGAGUGGCAGUCAGAUGGGGGAAGCUGGACACUAUCAAGUACCUCAUCACAGAGUGCAAUGUGGAUAUCAAUAUUGCUGUGACCAGUGACGGGCUAACUCCACUGAGGAAGCUGAACAUUAUCAAGUACCUGAUCUCAGAGUGCAAUGUGGCUGUCAAUGAUGUUCUUCUACUUGCCUGCAAGUAUGGGGUUACCAAAAUCGUGGAAUAUCUUCUAAAUGAUGUUGUUGGCUGUGAUCCCAAUAUCAAAGAUGACGAUGGACACACACCACUCUUUCUUGCAGAGAACAAGGAAAUCAUUCUACUCUUGUUGCAACACGGAGCUACUGCUAAAAAUGCAUAUUCCCAGCAUCGCAAAGCUCUUGGUAAAGUGUUUUCAAAGGAUCCACUGAAAAACCCAGUGAAGAUACUUGUUAUCGGUCACGGUGGAGAAGGAAAGAGCACUCUCAUUGAAGCAAUGGAACACGAGCCAACUGCACUCACAUCUCUAGUCAACAUUUUCGUCUCUCCUAAAGAAGUCGAUGGAGUCAGCCAGAAAACAGCCGGAAUCAUCCCUCGAUUAUUCAAGAGCCAUGUAUUUGGAGAUGUGUUGGUCUAUGACUUUGCUGGUCAAGAGGUCUACUACAGCAGUCACGCUGCCAUUAUCAAGAACACCGUCGAUGCAUGUCGGCCCAUUAUUCUCCUAGUCCUAGGGCUCCAUAAAGAUGACACCUACACCACUCACUCUGUCUCCUAUUGGUUGGGCAUCAUUGCUAACCAGUGUGCCAAUAUGGAGGGCAAAGCACCACUCAUUGUGGUAGGUAGCCAUGCUGAUUGCUUAACUGACGAUCAGAAGAUUUCAAAGAAAGAAGAGAUUGUUUUGGAAGCUGUUUCGAGAUAUCCGACCCUGGAUCUGCUGAAGUUCAUUCCCAUGGAUAAUCGCUACUCCAACUCUAGUGGAAUGAAGAUAUUGCGAGCUACUGUCGGCCCUGCUUGCGCCAGCAUUCGAUCAACGUUGGCUGUUUCUUUAAAUGCACACAUGUUUCUCAUUUACCUUGUUGGCAAGAAUGAGAUUGCGUUAUCACUGGAGCAAGUUCAGCAACAAAUAAAGGAGGAAUCCAGUCAAGCCCUCUCCAAGAAGCACAAAGAAAUUGUACCAUUCAUUCCGACAACCAUUCCUCGUUUUGUUGAUAUCUGUGUUCAGCUCAAUGACAAAAGUCACAUCCUCUUCCUACAUAACACCAGCUCACCAGAGAAGAGCUUCAUUGUCAUCAAGAAAGACGAGCUCCUGGGUAAAGUCAAUGGCACCAUAUUUGCUCCAGAAGAUUUUGAUCAGCACUGUCAACUCUCCACAAGCACUAGUACUGGUGUUGUUCCUUGCUCCAAGCUGGCUGCUGAAUUCCCUAACUUGGAUACUGACAUGCUCACUGGAUUUUUAAUUAAUCUCGAGUUUGCUGUGCCUAUUGAAGACCCGGAAGUCCUCCGUCUUAUCAAUCAGCAUCGAACAGACGCUGGUGAGUCUGUACCACCUGAUGAGUCAUAUCUUUUCUGUCCUGCCCUCAUCCGGUUAGAAGUUGACACAAAAGUGUUCAAGCAUCGCGAUGACCUUGCUUAUCAUUUUGGUUGGGUUAUGUCGUGCUCUCACAAGAACCAGUUUUUGGACGCUCGAUUUCUCCACGUUCUCCUGCUUCGAAUAUCUCUCUCCCUUGGGCUUGCUCCAAUCAUAGAUUCUGACAUCCCUUUUCUGCAACGUCAAUGCUCGGUCUGGAAGACUGGUGUUUGCUGGAGCACUUCAUAUGGUGUCAAAGUGCUAGUGGAGGUCAUUAACAAGAAGAAGGUCGUUGUUUUGAUGCAAGCUCGUCAAGUCUCAAUGAAAUUUCUCAAGCUGCGCUCUACUGUGAUAAAGAAAGUUGUUGACACCUCCACUGAGUUAUGCUCUACUGUAGUCACUGAGGAGGCCCUCCUUCCUCCUCACAGUGUGACCUACCCUCUGGAAAAUACACACAUUUUUGAUCUCAAGUCCCUCGCUGACAGUAUUAUUGGCCAAGAAAUUUGUGUCGUAUCAGCUAAAGGUGUUGAAAACAUGCCAAUUAGUGAUCUGCUCCAAGCUGAAGUGUACGCUGAUCUCGGUGAAAAUAUUGUACAGCAUCUGUUCAAUCCAGCACACAAGGAACUGUCUGAUCGAUUCAUCUCGGCCCUUGUAACUUGUUGGAACAAGAAUCCUCGACUGGCUGAUAUCGUACGCACAGCUAUUACUGAGAAUGCCAGCGCGGCAUUUCAAGAGUGCAAUAAUCUCGAUGAUGUUCUGAUAGUCUGGAACAACACUGGAGAUUCCAGUGGUGAAGCACUGAGAAGAAUUCUAGAUCCACUUAGUGUGUUUGCUGGACGAAACCCUCUCGAACUGGCUGGUGUUGCUGCUAAGGAGACUAGUGAUGAUCUACUACCAGCCCCCAGACCAACAGCUAACACAGACGAGGCCACACUGACAACUAUUGAUCAUGAGGAGAGAACUGACGUCAGACAACCUGGCACAGCCUCUGAUGAGGGAGGAGUUGGUCUUCAAGAGUUGAUGGACAAGUACCAUGUCGAUACCGCCCAACUUGAUAGAGAGAUCCCUGAUAACGAAGUCCCAGUCAUAGCUGCCUAUUUCGACAGUGUGGAGCUCUACUCUCAAGCAAUGGGUCUGAGUGCCGCUGAUCAAACUACUGUGAGAACUACCCUCCUUCAAUACGAUGCUCAGACUGCCAUGACCAGGUGCUUGUCAAUAUGGAAACAUCUCUACUCUUUCAAGGCCACAUUCAGAGCACUGUUGGAGCUGCUACUGAGGCUGAAUAGAACUGAAGUAGCUGCUCAAGUCUGUCAGUACUUGACUCAGAAUUCAUGAUGAUGGAGAUGGAGCAGUUCUAACUAUCAAUGAUCUAAUGCUGAACACUAACAAUAAUUAUUAUACGUAUGCUAUACCCUAUAGCUUAGCUCUUUCAUUUAGAUUGACAGUUAACUAUUAUAAUGCUGAUGCUGAACACUUUAUUAUACGUAUAAUUAUAAUUAUAAUUAUGCUACACCCUCUAUAACUUAGCUUUUUCUUUUAUUUAGAUUUACAGUUAUAUGUUUUUUGCAAAAGUUUUACAUCAAAAGUGAUUGUUCCGACUAUUAAAUGAAAAGUUGGUAAUUAACGAUAA